AUGUCACUUAAUAUAGAAAAAUGUAAUGUUGUCAGCUUCACUAGAAAAUCUAACCAGGUACUUUUCGGUUAUGAAAUUGAUUCGGGGAUGAUAAUGCAAAGUUGGUACUCCGUCACUCCUGAAUCAAUUGCCAAGAAAACUGCAGAAAUAUGCAGAACUAACGUAAUAGUUGAUGGAUUUUGUGGUGCUGGAGGGAAUUCGAUACAGUUUGCCCUCACAUGUAAGAAAGUGAUCGCAGUCGAUAUCGAUCCAAAGAAAAUCGAACUUGCCAAGAACAAUGCAGCAAUAUAUGGUGUUUCGGAGAAAAUUAAAUUCAUUGUUGGUGACAUCAUUAAAUUAGCUCCAAUGCUAAAAGCAGAUGCGGUUUUUCUGAGUCCACCAUGGGGAGGUCCAUCUUAUUUAAAGGAAAGGGUUUAUGACUUGGAAAAAACGCUGAAGCCUGUACCAUUUUCGACAUUGAUAAAUGUCUGCAUGAAUAUUUCUCCCAAUAUUGCAGUUUAUCUCCCUAAAAAUGUCGAUACCUACGAUAUGGGACAAUACUUGGGACGACAUCUAAAUAUAGAAAUGGAAGAGAAUGUAUUGUGUGAUAAAAUUAAAGCAAAAACAUUUUAUUAUAAUGGACUUGCAGAAAAAUAUAAAAUGUAUAUAAAUAAAUGAAAGUAAUGCAAU